GAGAGAAGAUCGGAUCACCUGGAAUUAAAUUUGGCCCAGAAACCUUUUCAACUCUUAAAAUGUUGGAGGAAGAUAUGGAAGUGGCCAUAAAGAUGGUGGUUGUAGGGAAUGGCGCAGUUGGAAAAUCAAGUAUGAUUCAGCGGUAUUGCAAAGGCAUUUUUACAAAAGACUACAAGAAAACCAUUGGAGUUGAUUUUUUGGAGCGACAGAUACAAGUUAAUGAUGAAGACGUCAGGCUCAUGUUAUGGGAUACCGCAGGUCAAGAGGAGUUUGAUGCAAUAACAAAGGCCUACUAUCGAGGAGCCCAGGCUUGUGUGCUUGUAUUUUCCACCACAGACAGGGAAUCUUUUGAAGCGAUUUCCAGUUGGAGAGAGAAGGUGGUGGCUGAAGUUGGAAAUAUACCAACUGUACUUGUACAAAACAAGAUCGAUCUCCUUGAUGACUCUUGUAUAAAGAAUGAGGAAGCUGAGGCACUGGCAAAAAAGUUGAAGCUGAGAUUCUACAGGACUUCAGUGAAGGAGGAUCUGAACGUGACGGAAGUUUUUAAAUAUUUGGCUGAAAAAUAUCUUCAAAAGCUUAAACAACAAAUAGCUGAGGAUCCUGAAUCAAUGCAUUCAAGUAGUAACAAAAUUGGUGUCUUUAGCACGUCUGCUGGGAGUCACUUGGGUCAGAAUUCAAGUACCCUUAAUGGUGGAGAUGUCAUCAACCUCAGGCCCAACAGACAGAGGACCAAGAAAAACCGAAAUCCUUUUAGCAGCUGUAGCAUACCCUAA